UAUUUUUAUUUCAUCAUUAUUCAUUCCCUUCAUUCUCAUUUCCUUCCAAUUUUCGUGCUUAAAAAACUCACUUCCAACUCCCUCCAUUGCUCUCCCAUUUUCUCUCUCCUCCGUCACACCGUCUUUCUCCUCCCCCCCCUCAAAUCCCACAACCCUUCUCCGCCAUUUUCCUCUUCGUAUCUUCUUCCUCUUUCCAUCUCCGUAAAUUAGGUUUACGCUCUCCUUCAUUUAAUCUACUGCUGCUGGAAAUUCUCUCUGGCUAGCUAUCUCCGUCUUCCAUUUUUUUUUUAAUAUUGCCUGUACUCUUCGGAAUAAGCUACUGCACGAAUUGAUCAGGUUGUUUAUGAAGCUGUUUUGAUUCGUUUAGAGGUGGUGAAAGAAGCUGAAGAUUGUGAUUUACGAAGGAUUUAGAGUGAGCGAGAGAUUGAGAGAGAGGGAGAGAGAGAGAGAGAGAGAGGGAGAGAGAGUUGAAGAAGUAGUGUACGUGUAGUAAUUUGGUUGAAUUUGUGUUGUGUGCGGCAUCCGUUAUUGUUCUUGUGGUGUGUUUGAGACUCUCUGAAAAAUGCCGCAUAGAACGACUUACUUCUUCCCCAGGCAAUUUCCGGAUCGCGGAUUUGACUCGGCGUCAACCUCCAAACACAUUUUGGAUCACGAGAAGAAAAUCAACAAAGACACUUUUAGUACGGAAAGCGACGCGAAACCGACUCCGAGGCCAGCGCGCGACUUUAGCGUCACGAAGAGUUCGGCUGUAUCGGAUCUUUUCACGGGGGACAAGGCACAAAGCAAUAAGAAACUGCCUGCUUUUUACGAUUGGUUGGUGGACAAGAAAGCAACGCGGUCGGCAACAGCUCACGUGAAAACUUGGCUUUCCAACUGCGAUGAGGACCGCGAACUUUUGCUUCCGCCACCUACCUCGGAGCCGGAGCACGAUACAACGUCGGUUAAGGAUCGGAGUGUUGACCGGAACUUUGACCGGCAAGUUUCACUGCCUAGAGUAUCAAGCGGGAGUAGCUAUGCAGGAAGUUUGUUUUCAGGCACGGGAACGGGGACAGUGGAUGGAAACUUUUCCAGCGACGUCAAAGAUUCAUCGGCGUCGAAAAUAUUGUCCUCGCACACGGCCAGGCCAGAAGAGAUUGAAGUUGGAGAUGAUAAGGAAAGCAUAGCACAGAAAGCGAAAGAGAGUUAUUACCUGCAACUUGCUUUAGCUGCAACGCUUCGUUCUCAUGCUAAUCUCGCCGGCGAUCCUGUGCUUAUGGAGGAAGGCAUGGUGGAAAUUACGGACGCAGAAACUGUUUCUUAUCGACUUUGGGUAAGUGGUUGUCUGUCUUACUCCGACAAAAUAUCAGAUGGUUUCUACAAUAUUCUGGGUAUGAACCCGUACCUCUGGGUUAUGUGCAAUGAUUUUGAGGAAGGUAGACGGCUACCUCCUCUGAUGUCGCUUAGAACCAUUGAACCAAGUGAGACGUCAAUGGAGGUGAUUCUUGUUGAUAGACGUGGGGACUCUCGACUGAAAGAGCUUGAAGACAAAGCACAGGAACUAUAUUGUGCUUCAGAGAGCACCUUAGUGUUGGUGGAGAAACUAGGAAAGCUUGUUGCGAUCUACAUGGGGGGCACUUUUCCGGUGGAGCAAGGGGGGUUACACCUCCAUUGGAAAGUGGUGAGCAAAAGAUUGAGGGAAUUUCAGAAAUGCAUUGUUCUUCCAAUUGGUAGUCUUUCUAUGGGACUAUGCAGGCAUCGUGCAAUCCUUUUCAAGAAAUUGGCAGAUUAUAUAGGUUUGCCAUGUCGGAUAGCUAGAGGUUGCAAGUACUGUGUUGCAGAUCAUCGAUCCUCUUGCCUUGUCAAAAUUGAAGAUGACAAGAAAUCGUUGAGGGAAUAUGUAGUUGAUUUAGUGGGGGAUCCGGGAAAUAUACAUGGUCCAGAUUCAUCAAUUAAUGGAGGGUUCCAAUCUUCUAUGCCUUCACCGCUCCAGAUCUCUCAUUUGAAAGAGUUUCAAGAACCUUACGUGGAAAGCUAUUUCAACAAUCAAAAUGUCGGGUCAAAGCAAAUCUAUGGUUUUCCUGAAAAUCCUCUACGUUCAGGUUUUGGAGAGUACCAGAUGAAAGGGAGAAGGACUUUACAUAUGAGUUCAGGGGCUGAAACUGAUAAAUUGGUUGAGCAAGCUUGUAUGGGUAUGAGAUCAACUCAGUUGUGUGUGGAGACAAAAGUGAGCAAGGAGUGUGUGCUUCAGAAUCAUAUAAUGCCAUCCACUGGGGCUGAUGCCUCCGAGGUGUUGAGUUCUGUUGGUGGUGCAUCUUUACGUGAAAACAAAGUUGUCAUUGAAGAAAUAUACCAAGAAGAGGCAGUUGUGGCAGGGAUUUCACUGAAUGAAACCAUUAAUCCGUCCAAAUUAACCUUGUCAACUCAAACUGAUUCGAAGGAGGUUGAGGGUAGAUCUCAAAAUUGUUCAGCAUCAACAUAUCCGAAAUAUUUGACACUUGAACCAUCACUUGCAAUGGACUGGCUGGAAAUUUCAUGGGAUGAAUUACAUAUAAAGGAGCGUGUCGGAGCUGGCUCAUUUGGUACAGUGCAUCGUGCUGAAUGGCAUGGAUCGGAUGUUGCUGUCAAGGUUCUAACCGUGCAGGAUUUCCAUGAUGAUCAGUUAAAAGAGUUUUUAAGAGAGGUUGCGAUAAUGAAGCGGGUGCGCCAUCCGAAUGUGGUACUUUUUAUGGGUGCAGUUACAAAGAGACCUCAUCUUUCAAUAGUGACUGAAUACCUGCCCAGGGGUAGUCUAUACCGCCUAAUCCACAGGCCAUCUUCUGGUGAAUUGAUGGAUCAAAGGAAACGAUUGCGCAUGGCAUUGGAUGUGGCAAAGGGAAUCAACUACCUACAUUGUCUCAAUCCUCCUAUAGUACACUGGGAUCUUAAGUCUCCCAACUUGUUGGUUGACAAAAAUUGGACGGUGAAGGUUUGUGAUUUUGGGUUGUCCAGAUUCAAAGCAAACACUUUCAUAUCGUCGAAAUCUGUCGCUGGAACGCCCGAGUGGAUGGCUCCAGAAUUCCUUCGUGGAGAGCCUUCAAAUGAGAAGUCUGAUGUCUACAGUUUUGGAGUGAUCCUCUGGGAAUUAGUCACCAUGCAACAACCGUGGAGUGGGCUUGGACCGGCUCAGGUUGUGGGAGCUGUCGCUUUCCAGAAUCGAAAGCUUUCUAUCCCAUCCAGUACUUCUCCGUUGUUGGCUUCCCUUAUUGAAUCUUGCUGGGCAGAUGAUCCUGUUCAGCGCCCAUCCUUUGCAAGCAUAGUUGAGUCCCUAAAAAAAUUGCUGAAAUCUCCACAGCAGUUGAUAGCCAUGGGAGGAACGUGAAAACACCUCCCAGGCACAGGCAGAGCUAAAGCGGAUCCGGGAGAGCUAACCAAUUAUGCAGUAACUGCAAACCUUGGUAACCAAUAUCUUCAACUGACUGAAUCAUUUUGGUCUUUUGGCAACUGUAGAUUUUGGUGGUUGUAUAAGGCUCUGGAUAUAUAGCCCAUUAAGCAAGCAGAAAUGAAAGAAAGCUCAAGCUUUUAGUAGUUAUCCCAUAGAAACAGUAAAAUUCUACGUUAAUAUAUGAAUAUGAAUAUGAAUAUGAAUGAUGGCUUUUGCAAUGGGGUUUAUAACAUCGCAAAUCCAAAUGUAAUACAGUUCCAAAAUUACUAGGAACGUAUUUUUACCACUAACUACCAGCCUUGUAAUCUUUUUUAUGAACCUGUUUAUUGCCAUCCUUAAAUGGCGAAAGCUCAAAUAAAAUUAAGGAAAAAAGAAGAAGAGAAAAGUUAGUUCUUUUAUCUUCGCAUGAAUUUAUAUGAAA